CUGCCAUGGAGACUGCAAGCUUCAAGUUAACUCAUAUGUGCACUGCUUUAGGAUAACUUAAGACAGCUCCAAGAAGUUUCUCUAAAGGAAAGUCUAAAGAACAGAUAAUGAGUGAGGUGUAUAGAAUCUCUUCAAGUGAUAAAAUCCAGCUGCUGGAGAAGGAGCUAGCCACGCAGUUAUCAGAACUGAAGACAGAAAUAGAAGAGAAUGGAGUGGCACUGCAUGGCAAUUCCUCUCGAGCCUAUAGCUCUGUACCGAUCCCAAAGGACUUUGUGUACUACAGGAUGGAGAGAGAAAUGAUCUUAAAAAGAGGCCUUCAGGUAGCAGGAGCAAUACCAAUCACUAUUCAGGCUGAUGUCAUGGAACGAGAGCUGGAGACCUGUAUGAGAAGAGAAUACACUGCAGAUAAUCUGCCUCUGCUAUUACAUCAGUUCUUCACUGACAGAAUCUACCAGUUAGCCCGUAGUAAAUACUUGCACAUGCUGAGGUGGAAGAGAUUCUGUCGCCAUAUCAGUGUCAUGGAGCAGUGUUAUUCUCAGUACAAGGAGCAGGUUGGAUACAUCAUGCAAGAAUAUGCUGAUUCUGUGCAGAGAGCCCAGAGACUUUCAAUAGCGAGAGAACGCUUGCUGACUGGACAAAAGAAUUCUAUUAAUUUAAUUACUCAGGAAGACCUUAUCAUCUACAUGCGAUGGUUAAUUUGUCACCUGCAUUCAGUGAAGCCAAUAUACAACUAUAUAAGGGUCUUACAGUAUUUGCCCAUUUCUGAUUCUGCUGUGGACCUUAUUGAUUCACAUUUAAAAGAAAGUAUAAAUCAAAAGUCAGCUGAUCCUCUAUCUACAAGUUCAAGUUCUCAAAAUCCUUCAGAGGAGCCUGCUUUACAUCCGCAGGUAGAUGAUGAAUUACCAGAACACCAAACAGAAACAGAACAGAUAAAACCCAUUCUUCGACAGUUAUUAUCUACUUAUAAAAUAGAAUAUGAUACAGAGAAGUUGAAGAAUACAGCCAGUGAGAUGGAGCUGUUGACUCUGGUGUCUGCUAAGUUUCGAAGCACUUUUGUCAAGCAGGAGACUAUGAGAACAUUUCCAAUGUAUGAUUCUGGAAUGGAAACAACUGAUGGAUGGGGAUUUAAAGGCCCAUGUAUGGCUUUUAAGAAAAUCUCUAACUGGCUUCCAUUUGUAAAGAUCAAACCUAAGCGAGAUCCAUGGCAGCAAAAAUUUUUAACAAAAUUAAAACAACACAAGAAAGUGGAUGAACUGUUGCGCCAAUCACAAUUUACUGAGAUUACAGAUGCAGAGAAAGCGAUGGAGGUGUUGCAGGAGCACGCUGCACGGGUAUUGCAGCCACCUAAAAAUAAUAUGGUGGACCCUCGUGGUAUAUUUUCUGUUCAGCAAACAAGUGAUAAGACAACAGACAUUGCUGGUCUCAUUAAGCGCCCAGGGUCUUCAAGGCCAAAGAAAGAAAAUGGGUACAAUUAUCAGAACACCCUACAAUUACUGGGAUUAGAUGAGGGAGAAGAUAACAACAAAGAUCCAGUACUGAUGAAAGGAGCUUACUUAUCUCUUCUCUACCUGCGUCAUCUGAGACUGAGGGAUCUUCAGCGCAUGAGUCUUGGAAUUCUAAACUAUUUCCGAUCUAUUGAGAGGACCCUAACAAUUGACAACUGUUGUCUCUCAAGUACUUCUGGUAAUCUGCUACGCACUGGAGGUGAACAAGCAUCCUGGAUAAAUGCCAGUCAAGGUGGAACUGGUAUGACUGGAGGACUUGGAUCUCAUCAGUAUAUGUACCAAACACCAGCAGAUCUGCAGGUUGAUGGUGCACAGAUCAUGGAGUUUUCACAGGUUGAGAAUCACAAUGACUUCUACACAGUUGAAGAUGGAAUAGUUCACACUCAGGAUCAGAGAGGGGCCUUUGUGAUGUACGAUGCUGCACUUAAAGAUCUACAACAAUUACAAGAUGAACUAUUGCUGUUGACAACCCUGUAUAUUGAGAAAUAUCGAAGUUUCAAGUUAAGUCAAAAAGAAGUAAAUGGAACAAACCUCUCAGACUGGGCACACAUCAAUGUGGACCGCUUGGCAUUGCUGCUUGAACUGUGGACCUGGGAAUGUGCACUAUUAGAAAACAAACAGCAGCUUGUCGACAGUUACUAUGAAGCCUACCAGCAUACUCUUGAUCCAGAAGAGAGAUUUGCAUUGGCACAAGUGAUCAACGACAUUAUGUUUAGGCGUCCACGGUUUGACAUUGGCUCCAAAUACUUCCUGGAAGCUUAUAAGGAUGAAUGCCAAUGCUUGAGGCUUUAUUUGCAACUUGUCAGAGAUGUUUUAAAAAGCCAGCUAGAAAAUCAAAGGGAAUUUGUCCAGAAGGUUUGGCAUGAUGGUCGAAAAAGAGACGUCUGUGACUUUGGUCUUCCACCUAAAAUCAUAACCAAGCCCCUUGUCUCACUCAACACCAGCUGCCCUGCUUUAAAGAAUGUUUAUCUCUUAGAAUUCCACCCAUCUCUGGGACUAGCAUAUCUGAUGUCUCAUACACUGGACCAAAUUUGUAAAGAGUUUCAGCAUAUCUGCAACACAAAGACCCCCAAACAGUCCUACAUGGUAGAAAAAAAGGUCCUUCAGCUUGCACUUAGUGAGUGGUCAACUCCAAGAGAUCUUCUGAAAUCCUUUACAGAAAAUGUGCACAAAGAUCUGUUUGAAGAGCUGUUGAUAGAAGAUCCAGUCAUGGUUACAGAUAUCUGCAUGUCAGCACUGAACUCAUCUGAUGAAGAUAAGAAACAUGGCAGAGGAAAGCAAAUCCAUAUCCUGGACACAUUCAGCAAGAUGCUAGAGCUCAUCACUCUGCGUUCCAGAAUAAUUGAGACAUCAUUAGAAACGGCACUUCUAUCCAGGACAUAUAUUACGUUUGCUGAAGAGAUGGGAUUUAAUCAGUUUCACCUGCACUUAAGACCGGUCCAGUUUGAAUUUGCAUCAAACAAGAGUGAAGGGGAGCAGAAGCCUCCUAUGUUCAUCACAUCUCUACUGGAGGAUGACAGCUGUGUGGACAGGUAUUCGCCAUCCUCCCAACUCCUUGCCAUUCAUGAAGUUGAUAACAAUCAGAUUGGGAAGUUCAGUUUCUUGACAAGAGAAAGUAUAUUACAGUUACUAAAUAAAAGUGGAAUAGAAAAUAUGCAAGUUGUGCUUGCCUGUCAAGUAAGCCAGAAGAAUGCCCUCUUAGCUGCCAACCAGCUGGCAUCAUAUUCUUACAUCUCAUCCUGGAGCUCUCUGGAUAUGAAGGAAGGAAACUCGGCAAUACAAAGACAGUUGAGCUCCUCUACAAGUGAAAAAUAUUCUACAUCUUGGGCAGUAGUUGAAAAUCAGAUGUCUAUUACACCAAUGCCUCAUACUUAUAAGAUCCCAGUACAGACACAAAACAAAAGACUUCCUGAAGCCUUUGUAUCAAUUCAGUUAGAAAAAGUGGGUCCCCGAGAUACAAUGUUGAAUAUGUUUCUUCAAAAAAGACAAGCGAUGGGAACAGUUAUGAGAAAUCCUGAAGAAGUUGAAAAAGUGAAGAGAGAGCUUGUAAUGGAUUACUGCCAGAAGUUAAGUAGAAGGAUUUCUACCUACUCACUUCGUGGACAAAUCAUCGCUUACUGCAACAGCUUGAAACAACAGCUUGAAGAGUUUCCACUCAUUUGUAAAACAUACUUCAUCAUAGGGCAUCCUCAAGAGAAAAAGACAAUUGUUAAAGAGGCACCCCAGGCAGAUCCCAGGACAUUUCAGGAGCGGCCACAUACAUUGUUGUCAGAAGAUAGUGGAAUUUUUGUUAAUUUGUGGUAUAUCCCUCACUUCUCUGAAGUACUUUCUAUGUUUAAGAUGCUACCUGAAAAGGCUGCAUAUCGGGCAUUGAGCCAGACGCUACAGAUCAUAGCUGCUCUGCAUGAUAUUGUUUCAUAUCUACUCAGUUUCGCUCAGUUGGGAAAUUCAUGCAGUGGAUUUGUUAGUUUAAAAAACAAGGAGUUGACAGCUGACUGGGGAGGCACUGAAGGAAUAGGGGCUGAACUACGAGACGUACAGAAGUUGAUAGAUGGUCUUCAGAACCCUCAGGAUCCAAAGGAAGUUGCUGCAUUGUUACUGCUUCGACGUGAAGUCAUGAUCCUGCAGUUUGAAAAAGCUGUGCGCUAUUUGAUACGGGAAGCGUUACUGUCUUCCGGGAACAUUUCUGCUUUCAGAACCACAACAGACAAUAUGUAUCAUGGACUCACAGGGCUGAGUAACACGGUGGUCAAAACGGCAUUUUCUUCCCAGCUGCCUGUGCCACAGCCUCUUGAUCCGCACAGCCACUUGGCAUUUUUGCUUUAUCCUUGGAGGACGUUUUUAGCUGAUGGCGGCCUUUUCCCUCUCGCAGUCCAUGGGCUUAAUGCAAUUGGAUACCACAUGCAGCUCUGCCUGUGUGAAAUGACUGACCAAGAACGCAGUGUAGCUCAUGGGGAGCUUGUCGGAGUUCACCUAUUAAUGGAGGACAUUCUUCAAGGCAAAUAUUUGUUUCGUUCAUUUACUGUAGAAGGGAAUCUAGAAACCAAACAGCUACAAGUCGAAUUGUUUCCUAUGAGAGGAAAGCAGUCAUCACCGGAGUCAACAUCUCAAGAUCCAAUUUCAGAAUCCACCUUACUGAAAUCCUUCUUAAUCUUAUGGAAACAGAUGGAAGUCUUUAAGGAGCAGUGGGGAAAACGGAAACUUCAAGUGGAAGAAAUUAACACUUUAAGCCUAUAUAGACAAUUCUGUGAACUCUAUAGAGAUGAAAUUUUCUAUCCCACCAUGAAAGCCCUUGCUUGGCAAAUGGGCAAAGAAGAGGAGUUUGAAGGGAUCACGCUGAGAUCUCAGGUUGUGCUUCCUCCUAAAGGAGCUUCUGAGAUAGAAGUUAGAGUUCGGCAGCUUCAGAAAAUAAUGGAAAGCUUUGAAACUGAUAUGAUUCAUGAUGUUAAAAGGAAAAUUGCCAAGGAGAUGACAUUGGUGAUAUCCGAAAGAGCAAGAGAAGGAAGGGGAGUUCCGACAGAGCUCUGGAAGAAGCCAGUUAUGAAGGAGAACUUUUCACCCAGUAGGCCGGAAAUUGUGGAAAAAUUUGUGCAGCUUCUAAUGAGUGAACGCCAGGAAAACGCCACAGAGGUAACGUUCAGCAAGGAGCAUUUAAAACGUUGUCUGACAUCAAUGGCUUGUGACAUAAUGGCAAGAGAACAUUCUAACUUUGAAUCAUACUCUAUGUUUUAUGAGAAUCUACUUCAGCAUGAGCACCAAUUGUUGUAUCAGAAAGAGCAGGAGCUGCUGGCAAAUAAAGACAAAAAGAAAAAAAAUGAACCUGACUCUAACAAGAAUACAGAUAUGAGCCAUGAACUCCUUAUUGAAAUUACUGCACUCAGAGCCAAGCUCCAAGAUGUUGAAGAAGAAAUUAUGACUGUUAAGGAAACCAUUAAAAAACAAGUGCAAGAUGAAUAUGAGGCUUUGAUCAGGACUCUUUUUGCUACAUGCGUAUCCCUGAAGUCUAGAAUAGAUGGCUAUCACAUUAACAUGAACAAGGAAGUGACUGAAAUCAUCAGCGAUGUUCGGAAGGAAGGUGUGGAUGACAUGAUUCGUCUGAAGAAAAAAUAUUGCCCCGGACAAAAUGCUAGCGCUCUAAAAAACACAAUGUCCUUGCAAGAAAAGCUGCAGGAUCUAAGAGAUGAGAACAGUCAGCUCCAAGCAUUAGUAUGCAAACUGAAAGCUCUAAAUAAGUGGAAAAUCAUAGCCAAGGAAGGCCAGCUGCGGGAGAAACUGAGAAAUGCUGAAAAGGAAUCUAUUCAGAACAAAAAAGAAGGUUUGAAGAGGAAGCUGCUUGCAGAACAAGAGGUGGCCUUGUUACGUCAACAGUUGAUUGGUGCAAGGACAACUUUGACAGCAACACAGGCUGAAGCCAGCAAAGUGAAACAACAGCUGAGUAGACAGAAACAGCUGCUAAAUGAGUCGGAGCACAGACACUCUCAGGAGACGAAAAAGAGACAGCAGCUAGAUAGUAUUAAGUCUGCCAGCAUGGACAAGAUGCUGAAGGAUAUUGACGAAAAGGAGCAGCGACUGCGCUCCUUGACUGAGGAAACUGAAAGAUCAUCCAAAAUUGGUCAGCUGCAACAAAGUAAAAUGAGAAAAGAGGCAAAACAGAUCAAAUCUCAGCUCAUGCAGGAGCGCAGCUUUAAAGUGGAUGCUUUCCAGCGUGUAGAUGAACUACAGAGCCAGGUGUAUGAUUUGGAAACUACUUCUCUGCGAACUUCACCAGGAGGUAUGAGAAAGACAUCUGCUUCUCUCACAUCCUUCCCUUCUAGAAUUCAUUCAGCAGCACCGGCAUUCAUGUCAUCUGAAACAUUCAAUUAUAACCAAGAAACAUGGGAUCCUUUGCAGUAUUAUCCAGCAGCAGAAGCAAAUUCACACAUCCAAGAAGGGAGGAGACUCCAGAGGCCUAAAACGGUACCCAGCAGAUGCAGAGCUCCUGAACAGGCAGACAGCACGUCACAAGCCAUUCUGACUCAGCUCCAUGAGCUUAGAAUAAGUACUAAGUGACCUCUAUUCUUUCUAGAAUUCUGCAUUCAACAUAACCUGACGCAAAAAGCUGCCCACGUGCAGGUGUUUACUGACACUAAACUGGAUGCAGUGGGCGGUCCUUACAACUUGCUUGCAUUAGUUGACUUACAUGAGCCCUGUGGUAGCAUUUCCUAGACCCUAGCAUAACUCGAUGACAAUAGAUUUUGGUUAAUGUGUUAUGGGAAUGAAAAAGAAUAAAUUGUUUGUAAGAUAUCCUGUAAAAUGGCCCAUCCCAUCACACAUUUAAACCCUUAAUACACCGGUAUCUUAGGACUUUGACCUGAUUUUAAAGAUACUCUGCUUGUGCUGAUUAUAGCUCUAAGUUUUAUGACAUUUUAUCUUUUAAACAUACAUACAUGGGGGAUUUAUUAAUGCUUACACAAGAAAACUGGUGUAAAAAUCACAAUUGUGCACAAAAAAAGUUGCAUUGUUAUCUAGCAAAAUGGGUCUUGCACAUAAAUGUGAUACUUUAUGCCAGAAAAAUGACAUGCAAGCAUUCCCCCAUAGUAUGUUUUUGUGUUUUUUUUUUCUUAAAAUAACUUAAAUAACUGUUUAAUUAAAGUUUUGGAAUAUUGUGUGACAGAAAAAAAAAUAUAUAUAUUUUUCAACAAUAAAGUUAAAAAAACUUUUUUUUUUAUCACAAAUUUAAUUAUGUUUUUGUGGAUGCUCUAGGCUGUAUUCCAUUGCCUUUUUAAUGCUCGUCCACCUCCAGUCCUUCAUUAAUGCAUUUUAAUACAUACACUGCUCAAAAAUAAAAGGGAACACUUUAACAAUGUCCAAUGAAAAAAAUACAAUAGUGAACACCUGUCACCACCCGGGUAUUAAAGGGUGAAUAAUGUAGGAGGCUCCCUCUCCAUAAUCUUCAUACAGCAAAAUAGUAAAUGAUUUCACACAACACAGGGACUUUCUUUUCCUUAAGCAACUUUUAGUAGUUUUUCUCUUUUUCUCAAUAUAGACAAUUACAGUCCUUCAUAUCAAGAAUGCAUCAAAAAAAGAAUAGAACACUUAAGGUUCACCCAGGGUGCACCAUCUAUAAAUGCUUGACACUCCUCAUUUGCUGGACCAUUUUUACCCACUUGCGGGCAUCCUGCAGCAGAGGUUUCUUCCUCACACUAACCAGACCAGCUGAGACCGCGUCGGACACCAACGACG